AUGAAACGCGAGAAGAGACAACAUAUUGAGGCAGAUGAUCCCAUCCCUCUUGACCUAGAGGAGGCUAUACUCACUAGAUUGCUUGCCAAGUCUCUUAUGAAGUUCCUAUGCAUGUCAAAGAUGUGGUAUUCCAUCAUCCGAAACCAAAGGUUCAUCAAUUCUUACUACGCUAUGUCCUCCACGAUCCGAUCGCGGUUUACAAUCGCUUUCUGCUGCGGUUCACAAGCCAAAUUUGAUGACUGGCGUUUGUUUGUCUUCUCGUCUUCCUACGAUGAUGAGAAAUAUUCUUCUUUUGCAACCACUCUCCAUAUGACAAUACCUUCAGUGAGCUUGUGUAGCGCCUCCGCCUGUCUUUCUGUCCAUGGCUUAAUCGGUUGUACUAUUAGUGGUCCGUUCAUUGUCUGUAACCCCAACACCAACAAAUACACUAUCCUACCAUGUGCUGGGCCACGCACAUUCUUGGGAUACGAUCCUGUUGGAGAUCAAUUUAAAGCAUUGACCAUGUUGUCGUGUCCUCCUCCUCCUCAGCCUCAUGGUUUUCUAGUGUACGAGGUUUCAACACUUGGAGGAGGAGAAUCUUCAUGGACACGCAAUAAGUUCACCAGCCCGCCUCACUUCACUGUUACCAACUCACAAUAUAUCAAUGGUUUCGUGUAUUAUGGUGCUUGGACCCCAACCCGAACUACAAAUCCGGUGAUUGUGUGUUUUGAUGUUAGAUAUGAGAGGCUGAGCUUUAUCAAAGCACCUAUGGCUGUUGUUUGCUGGGAGGGUGAAUCUAUUCUCAUAGAAUACAGAGGCAAGUUAGCUUCAAUUGCAAGACACCCUUAUGUAAAGGUAUAG